UAGCCUUGAAUAGAAUCUCAUUUUGUCGCUCCACUUGGGGACAUCACUUGGAAAAUGGCACAUUUCUAUUUGCGGGGUCUCUUAGUUCUGUUGAUAAUCAUAUCAGAACGCACAGCUGAGACACUGACUGCUUCAAAAGAAGAAGAUGUACUUCUUUCCUGCUUUGAUUCAAAUGUGAUGGAUCCAAGUGGCCGCGACAGAUUCAAGUUGAUUAAGUAUGCUACAAAUUCCAGUUCGAUGGAGGUUAUACUUGCCAGGCCUACAACAACCAACCACGCGGAUGCUAAAAGAGUAACAUUGGAGGUUAAUGGAACUAAAGUGUGUGUUUUUCUGAAAAAAAUCCAACCAUCCGAUGAGGGACUGUAUGGAUGUGAAAUCUGCAAAGGGUGGGACUGUACUUUGAAAAACGUUUCUUUAAAAGUGAAAGAUUGCAAAACCCUUCCAGCAGUAAAGGCAAAUGCUAGCGCGCCCGUUAACCUGUCCUGCCCGGUGGACAACACGGACCCCAAAAUAUAUCCCCAAAAUAUAUCCUGGUUUAAGGUGAAAUCAGGCAACCCUGUAUCUCUCAACUCUGAAGGGGUUGAAAUGAAUGGGACAUCCUUAGCUUUCCUGUCUGUGCAACCCAGUGACAGCGGUUGGUUUGGAUGUAAGUACGUGCUCGGACAAACUCAGCGCUGCUAUGAAUUUAAUCUACGGGUCCAAGACAAAAAGGAGGUUGUGGCCACAGCAGUUCCAGGACUGGAAAUCAGUGAGUCUGUUAGGCAGACAAAGAUGGAAACUGAGACGGUGACGGAGACGGAAAGGAACAGUGUAGCAUUUCUGCCUGUUGUUGUGACUUCAGUCAUUAUUGGCACUGCCAUAAUGGCUGCACUGAUAGGACUCUUCGUUUACUGCAGCCGUAACACCCAAAGAGUUACGCAGCAGACCCUCAGGCACACGCCACCAGGUACUCUUAUGCAUGCGUAUGAGGUUGUGAAUGUGACCCCUACAGAAGAUGGUGCGUGUCAAGACAACUCUCUGUGCCAGCAGUUUGUGGAUGAAAGCCUGUGUACUUUUCGUUAUUAGUAAUGUUCAAUCUGCUCAAGACAAAGAAGAAGAUUUUCCUCGAAUGAGCAAAGUCCUUAAUGUCUAUUCAUGUGAAAUGAACACACCUGUAAAGUGUUUGUCUUCAAAGAGUAAUUUAGAUUUAAAUAGAUCAACAUAGAAAAUGCUGAGCUUUGAUUGUUUUUUUACUUAGACUGCUGAAAAGAGUCGUCCUUAUUGCCAUCUUUGUGUUCAUCUACUCUAAUCUAGAUAAUAAUUAAAAAAUAACUUGA